ACAGAUAAAGCGCGGAGCGGAGCUCUCUGUCAGAUCACAGCUUCUUCACUUCACUUAAAGAACAGACCAGUCUCACCUGUAGGAUUGAUCCCAGAUAUGAGGCUCUGUACCCAGGCUGGAGCCUGGUGUCUCCUGCCCGUCCUGGUUCUUCUGACUGUCCUCCAUGUCAAAGCAAACCAGCAUCAACCCAGGGAGAGACACUAUUACAUUGCUGCCGUUGAGAUAGACUGGAACUACUCUGGGAAUGACGCAAACAGGUUUGGUCCCACCUAUAAGAAAGUGGUCUUUCGGGAGUAUGACAAAGACUUCAGACAGGCUAAGACUCAUCCCUCCUGGUUAGGGCUGCUCGGACCCACACUGAGGGCAGAGGAGGGGGAGACGAUUGUCGUCACUUUCCGAAACAUGGCGACUGGACCACACAGCAUCCACCCACACGGGGUUGCUUAUGGGAAACAGUCAGAGGGAGCUAACUACUUUGACAACACAUCACAGAAAGAGAAAGAGGAUGACAUGGUGAAGCCUAACAGAGAACACGUUUACUACUGGGAGGUGACAUCAGAUGUUUCUCCACAGCCAAAUGACCCUACCUGUCUCACCUACACCUACAUCUCCCACCAAAAUGUUGUGGAGGACUACAACUCAGGCCUCAUUGGUUCUUUACUCGUCUGCAAGCCUGGCAGUCUGGAUGAGUCGGGGAAGCAGGUUGGCGUCCACCAGGAGUAUGUGUUCCUCUUUGGUGUUUUCGAUGAGAAAGUGAGCAAGUACAAACCAAAGGGCCGCGCCUCAGAUGACCACGUCAAAUACACCAUCAACGGAUUCACAGAGGGCUCGCUACCCGAUGUCAGUGUGUGUGCCCAUGCCUCUGUGAGCCUGCAUCUGAUGGGUAUGAGCUCUGAGCCAGAGGUGUUCUCGGUGCAUAUGAACGGGCAGGUUCUGCAGCAGACUGGGCAUAAAAUGUCAUCGGUGGGCCUGAUCAGUGGCUCCACUGCCACUGCCAGCAUGGUGGCUCUCCACACGGGCCGCUGGCUGCUCUCCUCACACACCAUCAAGCACAUGGAAGCUGGCAUGCAUGGUUUUGUGGACGUGAAAAAGUGUGAUGACUUCAAAGCACCGCGGCGAAAGAUGACAAUAGAACAAAGACGACACAGCAAGGAGUGGAAAUACUACAUAGCUGCUGAAGAAAUUGUCUGGGACUACUCACCUAACAUGCACGAACACAUUGAAGAGGACUUCAAGUUUCAGUACCUGAGGCAGUCACCAACACGCAUAGGAAGGAAAUACAGGAAGGCAGUGUACACGCAGUAUCAAAAUGAGUCAUUCACUGAAAGAAUGGAGAGCAAGCAAAGGAAAAAUGAGCUUGGGAUCUUGGGCCCGGUGAUCAGAGCACAAAUCAGAGAUGUCAUCACGAUUGUUUUUAAGAACAUGGCCUCCAGGCCCUACAGCAUCUAUCCACAUGGACUGACUAUAGAGAAGUCAGAAGAGGGAGUCAACUACCCAACAGGAGGCAACCAGUCCCAUGGUGUUCAGCCAGGUGAGACACACACCUACAUAUGGAGAGUGGUCGAAGAGGAUGAGCCUUUGGAGGGAGACUCUCGAUGUCUGACGCGAAUGUACCACAGUGCAGUGGACACACCACGCGACAUCGCCUCAGGACUGAUCGGACCGAUCCUCAUCUGCAAGAGUCAGUCCCUCAACGUCAGGAACGUGCAGCUGAAAGCAGACAAGGAGCAGCAUGCCAUGUUUGCUGUGUUCGAUGAGAAUAAGAGCUGGUACCUGGAUGAAAACAUUCGCCAAUACUGUGAUCGAUCCAAAGUCAACAAGGCAGACCCAGACUUUUAUAAGUCCAAUGUUAUGCAUACAAUUAACGGUUAUGUGUUUGAGAGCGGCCCACUCUUGGGCUUCUGCAAUGGUGAGGUUGCAACGUGGCACAUGUCCAGCAUUGGAGCACAGGACUACAUCCAGACAGCUACUUUCUACGGCCAUACAUUUGAGCUGAAUGAACGCACCGAGGACAUGCUCAGCCUCUACCCCAUGACUGGAGAGACCAUCAAUAUGAACAUGGACAACAUUGGUGUCUGGCUCCUGGCCUCCCUGAAUUCCCACGAGACAACCAAAGGAAUGCGUGUAAAGUUUCAGGAUGUUGAGUGCUUUCGUGACUACCAGUAUGAGUAUAAUGACUAUGAAAGACCAGGAAUAGAUUUUGAUGUGUGGAAGCCUCCAACCUGGGAAGAUGUCGACAAGAAGGAAGAGAAGCCAGAAACUGCAAAAGAAACACCAGUGGAGAUAGAUAGUUACACAGAAAUGUUUGCAGAUGAACUGGGUCUCAGGUCCCUAAAGAACCAAUCUGGUAGUCCAGAUGUGGAGGUGCUGGACCUCUCUUUCCUUGACUAUGAUGCUAUUGAUGUGCCUGAUGGAGAUUCAGAUAUCACCCUUAAUUUCACAGAGUCGAAGAAUAAAAAUGAGACAUCUAUUCAAAAGCCAAAUGCAAAAAAUGAGACAUUAUUCCCAAACUGGAAAGAGGUGGAUGGACUAAACCUUAAGCCCCAAAAUAUCAGUGAGAAUACAACACAUAUGCCGAACAGUAGUACGACAUCAAUUUUUGACAAUUCUUCUCUGAAUAAAACAGAGAACACAACUGCUUUAUAUAGCCCAAAUAUAUUGCCAAAGAAUGACAGUAUAACUAUAAAUAGCAGUUUUUCUGUAGUUGUCUCAAAUCUUGAUAAUGUUACUCUGUCUGACACAAAGAACACAACAAUUCACAAUGCUACAGGUUCAUCAACGGUUGGAAAUGUGUCUACAGAGAUUACCAGUCAUACGGUAGCAUUACAAGGAAAUUCCAGUUCCAUCUUGGAGAAUGAACGAAUGAAUGCAACGGUGACUGGUGAUAACCAGACUUCUGUGGGCACGAUCUUGGUAGACGACCCCGAGGAGAGACUCACCAGAGGGGAUGUGUUCUCUUACUCUGGUGUACUGUGGAGACUGCUGAUGCUGGAAUUGGAUAGAGCUACAGAGGGCAAUGUUGCCUCUCUGUCAAAAAAGAAAGAUGACACAGCAAAUAACCAUGUUAACAUGUCAGCAGAUGGAACAAACCAUUCGUUGUCUAUUCCGACGGCUGAUGUUGGAGAGGGUGACAUCAACAGCAGGAGCAACUCAACCAUCUUUGGGUUAGAGAUGGAGGGCACAGACAACAAAACCAGUGACAAUGACUCUCUAAUUGCCACAGCAGAGCCAGAGAAUGGACUUCAAAUGAAUUCCUCUGAAAUUAGGACUAUAACAGCCAAUUCCAGCCUUGAAAAUGUGACACAUAUGUUGCUCGAAACAGGGCCCUUACAGAAAUUCACAGUGAAUGUAUCCAGAUUAAAUUCAUCAGAGGAGAUGAGUUUGGAGAGUAGGGAGAACAUCACAGGUCUUCUUGGCAAGUUGAACCACACAUCCUCUUUAGAGAGUUUCUCCAAUGAGACUAUGACUUUAGGUAACCUGUACCAUUCCAACGAUGAUCUAAGAAAGAGCAACUCUGACAAGCUACAUGCCUCAGACAGCAUUGAAGAAGUGUUUAUCUACCUUAAAGAAAACAAUACAGACUUGAUUAAAACCACCUCUGUCAAAACGCAGGGGCACAACUGGACUUAUGAGGGAACUCACCAUAUUGUACCCAUGGAGAUUCCUGAUUACAUGAUGAAAUAUUUUGGAAAAGAGACCCCUCAAACAACGCCUACCCCAAAAAAGACAAAGAAGGUGAACCUCCGACAGAGGCCCCAGAAGGGCCAAGGCAUGAAAACAAAGAAGAGGAAGGAAUACAAGCCUCAGGCCAGGAGUGGCUUACCGUUUUCCCCUCGAGGAUUCAAUCCAGUCAUGACCCCACGUGGGUCACGACCCAAUGUUCCACAGCCUGUCUCUGAUGAAGAGGAGCUCAAUAACGUGCCUGUGGUCAUCGGCGUGCCCCGGACGGGUUUCAGUGACUACGAGCUGUAUGUUCCUGGGGAUGAACCAGCUCAUCUAGCGUUGGAUGAGCAAGGUGUGAAUGCCAAUGAAUAUGAGUAUGUGGUCUACAAAGACCCCUACAGCAGUCAUGAAGACAUCAAGAAUCUCAACCUGGACGAGACCACUAAAUACUUCUUAAAACUCUCAGGCACAAAUGUCAAGACUUAUUUCAUUUCUGCAGAGGAGGUUGAGUGGGACUAUGCUGGCUACGGACAGAGCAGGCUAGACAAGUCGCAACAAGACAUGAGGCAGACCAAGUUUACGAAGGUGGUUUUCCGAAGUUACAUGGACAGUAGCUUCAUCACACCGGAUAUCCGUGGCGAGGUAGAGGAGCAUCUAGGUAUCCUGGGACCCGUCAUCAAGGCGGAGGUUGGACAAAGCAUCAUUGUGGUGUUCAAGAACAAUGCCAGCCGUCCAUACUCCAUACACCCAAAUGGUGUUUCCUAUACCAAGCAGACUGAGGGUCUGUCCUACGAGGAUGACUCUAAGUACUGGUAUAAAUAUGACAAUGAGGUGCAACCCGGGACCACAUUCACAUAUAUAUGGAAGGUCAAUUCUAUGGUUGGGCCAAUGCCAGAUGAGUCUAACUGUCGGACCUGGGUCUACUAUUCAGGUGUUAAUCCUGAAAGGGAUAUCCACUCUGGCUUGAUUGGGCCUCUGCUGGUGUGCCGAGAGGGCACCCUGGACAAAGGGCUAGCAGACAUGAGGGAGUUCACACUGCUUUUCAUGACCUUUGAUGAGUCGCAGAGCUGGUACUUCGAGAAGAACCAUGAGCUCAUGCAGAGAAAAAGCAGAAGGAGAGUUAUGGACCCCAACUUCAAGGAGAACCUCAAGUUUCAUUCCAUUAAUGGCAUUAUAUACAACCUUAAGGGACUGAGAAUGUACACCAACCAGCUCGUAGGCUGGCACCUGAUCAACAUGGGUUCCCCCAAAGACUUUCAGAGUGUCCACUUCCACGGACAGACAUUCCUCUACAAGAAGACCACCAGCUACAGACAGGCCGUUUACCCACUGCUGCCUGGGAGCUUUGCCACUCUGGAGAUGUAUCCAUCCAAACCUGGCUUGUGGCAGCUGGAGACCGAAGUUGGUUUCAACCAAGAGAAGGGCAUGCAGACUCUCUUCCUGGUUCUAGAUAAUGACUGCUACCGUCCGCUGGGUCUGGAAUCAGGCAGUGUGAAAAAUGACCAGAUCACAGCAAACAACAGUAGAGGAAACUGGGAUCCCCAUCUUGCCAGAUUGAACAAUCAGGGUAAAUACAACGCAUGGAGCACAGACAAGACCUCCAGCUGGAUUCAGGUGGACUUCCAGAGGCCAGUUGUGAUCAGCCAGGUGGCCACCCAGGGAGCCAAGCAGCUGUUCCAACCCCAGUAUGUGGUCAAUUACUCUAUCUCCUACAGCACUGAUCGCCGGAAGUGGGUCUUUUAUAAAGGCGAGAGCAGGGACCUCAGGAAGAUGUUCACUGGGAACCAGGAACCCUAUGAGACAAAGAAAAACACCUUCUUUCCUCCCGUGGUUGGACGGUUCAUUAGGCUCCAUCCUAUCAACUGGUACAACAAGGCCACAGUCCGCAUGGAGUUCUAUGGCUGUGAGCUCGAUGGCUGCUCAGUUCCUCUUGGGAUGGAGAGUGGACAGAUAGAAGACCAUCACAUCACAGCCAGCUCCGUAGCUUCCAGCUGGUAUUCGGGACCAUGGAGACCCUCCCUUGCGCGCCUCAACAGACAAGGUGCUGUCAAUGCAUGGCAGGCAAAGCAUAAUGACAUGAACCAGUGGCUUCAGGUGGAGCUGCCCCAAAUUAGGAAGAUCACAGGUAUCAUAACACAAGGAGCCAAGUCUCUGGGGAAAGAGAUGUAUGUUAUCUCCUACAUUCUGCAGUACAGCAACAAUGGGAUACACUGGAAAGAUUACACAGAUGAUGAGGGCCUCCCGUUCAAGACUUUUUUUGGAAACACUGAUAACAACGACCAUGUGAAGAAGUACAUCUACCCUCCUAUCUUUUCCCGCUUCAUCCGAAUCAUCCCCAAAAGCUGGAUGGGCGCCAUCACCAUGAGAAUAGAACUGCUGGGCUGUGACUUUGAGUGAUAAACAAGUCAGGUCAACUAGGGUGGUGGUUCUCAUCCUAGGGUCAGAGACCACCUGCGGUCCUUGAAGGGCUUCCCCAGACAAAUAGGAAAUAUUUUAAUUUCACUAUUUCAGAAUUUAUCCAAAUGACAGAAUGUAUAAGAAUGACUAUCUGUUCAUAGGUUUCACACUUUCCACAGGGAUCCCUGAGACUACAUCCCAUUGAAUAUGGGUCUGCAGCCUGAUAUCAAAUCUGUAUCAAUUUAGGAUUCCUUGAUACCAAAAACCAAACAACCUUGCAUCUCACAUCUCAUUGCAUUGCCAACGGUCAGAUACAUAUGAAGCAACUAUCAAUGUGAUGCAAUACAAUUCACCCCUAUUGCAAUGUAGUGCAAUUGGAGAUGAUUGGAUUUAACACAAUGCAAUUCAACACAAUAUCAUGUCAUGCAAAUAGUUUGAUUUUAUUUCUUUGGUUCUUCUUGCUUUGGAAACAGUUUAUAGAGAAGGGAUCACCCUAAAUAUUAAAUCACUGAUUGCAUUUUUGAAUAAUAAAGGUAUAGGGCUUCUACUAACAAAUUGGAUUUCACAAAUGCAAUGUUGAAGAAGAAUUUAUCCCAGUUUCAUCCCCAGUUGUAUCGGAUGCACACUUUUUUCAUUGCAAUUGUAUCUUGAACUUUUAUGCUGGUGGACCAGUGCCAAAUAUACACAAUGAAACACACAUGUAGUGUACGCUCAGACAUAUGCACUUCUACUUCUGUCAGUCAUGUAUGGAGAAUGUUACAUACAUAAAUACUCAGCAUUACAUCCUUCUGAGUGCAGGCACAAGCAAACACAUACAUAUAUUUAUUACUGAGGCCAUUUAUUAUGUAAUGUUAUGUAAUACAGUUUGUGAAACUCAAAUGCUACAUAAAUUAGGACUCCUGUCACUGGGAAAUUUCAGCCUGUUACAAACUAAUAAGUGUAAAGUGGUCUAUUAUAUAGAUAAAUGUCCAGAAGGAACUAUAAAACUCAUUGCUAAUAUGUACUAGUAAUCCUAACACUUUUGUCAAUAGUUGUAUGUGUUUUUGAAAUACUAGUUGCAUUUUUAAGCUGAUAUAGGGCGUUUUGUUAAUCAGAAAUGAAAGAAAAUGAAUGUAAAUAUGUAAGUACUGAUCAUGUAAUUUAUUUUUCAAUAAAUAUGAUUACCAUUCUUCUC